AUGUUAAUUAAUAGAAAUGAAAAUACAUACUUGCGAGAAGAGAGAUUCUUUCUUCCACAACCAUUGAAGAAACCGUUCAAUGAGGAUCGUUUGGACGGUGGCUAUCAUGGCUUUAUUAAAGAAUGGGAAAAGAAAAAGAAAAAAUUUUUGUUGUUUUUUAAAGAAAAAAACAAGAACGUUUCUAAUAGUGACAAAGUAGAACAAGCAGCCAACGGAAUCAUCUUCGAAGGAAAUCGACUAGGCGAAAAGUGUGAAUCACAAUGGAUUGCCCAGCAAUUGAGAAUUGUAAAAAAUAAGACCGCAAAAGAAAUUCGCAAGUGUUGCAUUAAUCUAUAUACUAAAGAAUGUUUUCUAUACAAAUUAGUUAAUACAAUGUUGAGAGAAAAUGAUAAAACCAAAGUGGACACGCUUGGUCCAUUCUGCUACUUUUUAUUUGAUUCGUGGUCAAACGAUUCGGAGAACCAACAUAAACUGGAAGUCUAUCGUGGUGCCAAUCUUGAUCCGGAAAUGAUUGAAUCUUAUAGAGAAGCCACUGGCACAUACAAGUGUUGGUAUGGGUUUUCUUCAACAAGUAAAAAUCGUCAUAAAGCAGAACAAUUUGGAAAUACCUUAUUUAUUAUUGAUCUGACAAAGACUAAGAGAGGUGGCUUUGAUAUUUCACCAUAUUCAUGUUAUCCAGAUGAAGAGGAAGUCCUUCUUCCUGCUGGAGCAGAGUUUAAAAUUAUCGAAGUUCAAUCCAACAUGGAACACAAUAAACAGUGUAUUUAUUUAACUGUUAUCAGUGACCUCGACAAUGAAUGCUACUCCAAUUUACAUGAUAAAGAUUUAUCAGCAGAAGGUGCACGCGCAGUCGCUAAUGCAUUGAAGAUCAACAGAACACUGAGUCGGCUGUAUAUUUCGAAUAAUAAUAUAUCGAACGAAGGCGCAACAUCCAUCGCUGAUGCACUGAAGAUCAACGAAACACUGAGUCGGCUGGAUAUUUGGAAUAAUAAUAUAUCGAAUGAAGGCGCAACAUCCAUCGCUGACGCACUGAAGAUCAACAAAACAUUGACUGAGCUUUAUAUCGGUGAAAAUAAUAUAUCAAAUGAAGGCGCAGCAUCCAUCGCUGAUGCAUUGAAGAUCUACAAAACAUUGACUAGUCUUAAUAUUUCGAAUAAUAAUAUAUCAAAUGAAGGCGCAACAUCCAUCGCUGAUGCAUUGAAGACCAACAAAACAUUGACUGAGCUUUAUAUCGGUAAAAAUAAGGUAUUGAAUGAAGGAAGAACAGCAAUUGAAGGUACAUUGAAAUUUAAGAAUCGUUAUAUCUUUGGCUUAUAG